GUCUGCACGUACUAUCUACGUGGCACAUGCAAGUACGGCGAUAGAUGUCGCAACGAGCAUCCAGCGGACAGAGCACAACAGGGUGGUUUUGGGAAUCAAAGUUGGACCAAUAAUAAUUCGAGAGACAUGAUAGUUCCAUAUAACAUUGAAUCAAUGGCAAAAGAUGUUACCGCUCUUCAAGAUAAGCCUUUAUGGCCACUAUCAUCCUAUGGCGCUGCGAAGUAUGAACCGGUGGUUAUCGCUGGACUGGACGAGUCAACGGAGGAACUUCGCGUGAAGGCGGUGGCUGCGUUGAAGGCAGGGACUAUCAACGAAUAUAUGAAAUAUGAGUCAGACAAGAUAGCUGCCUCAGAGCAGGCGUAUAACAGCGCCAGGAGCAACAUUUCACAGUUGUACGACGCUGCUUUCAAAUUGAGCAAGGAAGCAGCUGCACCUGGGUCGAGUGCACUCGGUCCUGUCUCCGCUUUUAGUGGGCGAUCAGCGUUUGGUUCUGGCCCUCAACCAUCGGUAUCUGGCACAACUUCCAGUGCGUUCGGAAAAUCUGCAUUUGGCCAACCUGCGUUUGGCCAGACAGGGUUCGGCGCAUCCGCAGCAACACCUGCAUUUGGACAAGCUCCACAAACGACAUCUGCGUUUGGACAAGCUGCACAAACGACGUCUGCGUUUGGACAAGCUGCACAGACUACGUCAACGUUCGGGCAGCCACAACAAUCAACAUCUGCGUUCGCGCAACCACAACAGCCAGCGUCUGCAUUCGGCCAGCCGCAGCAGCCAACUUCUGCGUUCGGGCAGCCUGUUCAGACGACAUCAGCGUUUGGUCAGCAGCCAAGCUCUGCGUUUGGGCAGCCCUCUGCAUUCGGCUCAGCCACUCAGCCAACUUCGGCUUUUGGACAAUCAUCAUUGAUUAAACCUGGUUCAGGUGCAUUUGGCUCUUCGGCACCUUCCACAGGCGCAUUUGGGGCUCCAUCGUCAGCAUUUGGGAACACCGGCACUGGAACUGGAGCCAGUGGCGGGUUUUCUGCCUUUGCAUCCCAGUCAUCUGGGUUUACGUCAGCACCAACGCAAGCAUCGGCGUUUGGACAGCCGUCGUUUGGAGCCCCUACCCCUGCGCCAACACAAAGUGCAUUUGCUGCACCGACACAGGUACAAAGUGCCUUUAACUCCGCGACACCCUCACAAAGUGCUUUUGGCUCUACGCCGUCUGCACCAGGCCCGAUCGGCGGGUCUUCCACAGCAUCCCAGUCAGCCUUCGGAGCAGCGCCAACGACAUCUGCGUUCGGUAGCACAGGCACCGUAGCUUCAUCCUUUGGCGUUCCUGCUCCUGUGGUUGCUACUGCUUUCGCAACUCCAAUGGCAACAACCCCAACCGAUGCU